AUGGCUAUUGAGAAUCGGUCUCAAGUCUCCAUUGAAGAUUUUAAUCUAUUAACUCCUCCUCUUUAAAUUGUAAAAGACUCCUGUUCAGUUUAAAGGGGUUACAUGACUCCUCUAUAAAAAAUAUUUUUAAAGCUUUAAAAAAUAUAGUCCCUUGUGACUUUUUAGGAAUAAGUAUGAUUCCAAGCUUCGUUUUUUCUGGGAUAUAAAGCUGGCUCAUCAGUAUGGGAAGUAUGCUUGAGCCUAAAAAAAGAGGAGAAGAGACUAUAUUAAUAUAACGCAAUAUAUUGAAUUUUAAUUUAUUUUCAUAAAUGAUUAAUUAAAAUAUUUAAUUAUCCAGUAUAAGACUGGCUAAAUGGCAUAUUAUUUGCGCUUCUUCCAUUAAAUUAGCUCAGAACUUGUUAUAUCAAAUUAAAAUUUAAAGUAAAAAUUAUUCCAAUUAAAGGGGGGUUAAAAAGAGAAAUAGAAAUUACUGCCAAUAUUUUGCUCCAAUCUUCGGGGAGUAAGCGUAAUCGGAAAAGGGUCUUACGGUAAAGUUCUACUUGUCCGUAAGCGAGACACUCAAGAAGUCUAUGCAAUGAAAAUCUUGAAAAAGAAACACUUACUACACCGCUUUGGGUGUAAAAUACUAUUCGAAAAAUCUUCAUAUGAGAAAAUUACCCUGUAAGAGCAACAUUAUAUUUAAUAUGAUAUUUUUUAUAUGCAAAUAUUUUAAAUAUCAUUUAUAUUUAUCAUAUUGCAACAUUCAUCUAAUCCUAUUAAAUUUAAGUUAAUUAAGUUUUUUCUUUUAAAUAUUCCUAUUGAAAUUUUUGAAAUCUAGAGCAAGCCAAAAACCUUGGCCUAUUUGUGGCGGAGAAAUUUAGCAGCCAAAAACCAAAUAGAGCACACUAGGACCGAGAGGAAUAUUUUAGAAAGGAUCAGACACCCAUAUAUUGUAAAACUCCGCUAUGCCUUUCAAAAUUCCCAAAAAUUGUAUCUGGUGCUUGACUAUUGUCCUGGAGGAGAACUUUUUUUCCAUUUAAAUCAUGCUAAAAGAUUUGAUGAAGAAAGGGCCAGAUUUUACGCAGGCUGCAUUAUACUAGCCCUCGAACAUUUGCAUAAGAACAAUAUCGUGUAUAGAGAGUAAUUUUCUAUUUAGCUUAAAGCCAGAAAAUGUACUGAUCGACGCAGAUGGCUAUGCAAAAUUAACGGAUUUUGGACUUUCUAGCUCCUUAGAGUCGUGGGCAAAAAAUUGUUUGCUAAGAGAGUAAAAUUGAUAUUUAAAAAUAUCAUAAUAAUAUUCUCUCAAAAAUAUUUAAAAAAACUAUAUUGCAAAUAAGUAAUCUAAAUGAUGCAAACUGUUUAAAAGCUAAUAGAAAUAGCCGGAUAUUUUAUUAUUAUAAUUAUUAAUAUAUAAUUAUUAUUUCUUCUAAAUUCAAAAAAGGUGUUAUGAUUAUAAGCAAUUAUUAUUCCAAAAAAUAAUGAUUUUUUUAAUGGUUUUGCUUGCUAAAAAGGAUGAAGUAAAGAAAAUAUUAUGGAUAACUCAUCAGCCAGGACUUUCUGCGGAACUCCCGAAUACUUACUCCCAUUUUUGAAAGCAAACAAGAUUUACCACUUUUCAGUAAGGCUGGCUGAAAAAUUUAUUUUAAACUAUUAUUUAAAUUUCAUUAAAAUCUAUUAGAAAGUAUUUUAAAUAAAUAAUUAAUUGUAAAAUUUAGAUUUAAGAAUGCAAGCUGUCCGAAUUUUAAUAUAAUUAAUAGGAUCUCAUUAUAAUAUUAAUUAUUUAUAAGAAAAUAUAACAAAAAUUUUCUUGAUUUCUCCUUUAGUAAUUUCCUCAAAAAUAGAGAUUUCAAUAAGCUUUGCUUCUUUUAAAGAGAAGAGUUAGCCCCUGAAAUUUUGCUUAAACAAGGGCACGGCCAAGCAGUGGAUUGGUGAAGCUUAGGAUGUAUUAUUUUUGAAAUGCUGUCAGGUCUCCCUCCUUUCUAUGUAAAUCACCGUCAAGAAAUAUAUAGAAGGAUUUUGUCUGAGGAGAUUAAAUACCUUUCUACUAUGUCUCCUGAUGUAAAAGAUUUAUUGCAAGGCUUAUUGCAAAAAAGUCCAGAACAAAGACUAGGAACUGGGGAGCUAGGAGCUGAAGAAAUAAAAUCUCAUCCAUGGUUUAGAACUUUGGAUUGGUUUCUACUUGAAAACAAAUUAAUUCAGCCACCUUUUGUUCCGAAUGUCAAUGGGCCUGCAGAUAUCAAAUAUUUUAGUAAAGAAUUCACGAAUUCUCCAGCUAGGGAUAGUGUUUGUUUUGACCAAAAUGCCCAGACUGCAGCUUGCAGUCCGACUUAUGAUGGAUUUUCAUUCACAGCAAGUCCUCAGAGUCAGAGCUUGUUGGUUCAUUCAGACGAAAAUACAAAUCCCGAUGAAUGCAUAUUUCAAUUUAGCUAA